CAACCGUUCUCAACCCAAAUAUCGAGUUCUGCGCAAUACUCCACGAAGCAGAUCAUACUCCACGCAGGUUCAAGGAUCAGGCGUAUUCCAGUUGAUCAGCUACUCUGCUUCUAUCUAAACAGCGACAGACAGCAACAGACAUUCGCCAUGCCGGCACCACGCAGAGCUCCAUCAGCAUACUCGACCCCGGUCCCCCCGUCGCGGCAGCAGCUCUCGCAACGGUCCCGUCUCGACUCUGCUUCCUCGGCCGCGAACCCGGACCUGCCCAGUAUUUCCGUCUCUUCAAACUCGUCACAUGCCUCAUCACUACUCUCAAUCUCUCCAAUCGUCCGCGCGAUAACAGUCCCGCCUUCCCCUUUUCUCGCGUCGUCGACCCCCGUCCCGCCGACCACCAAAAAUGCCUACCCGUUUGGCUUUGGGUCUGAUAUGGACGCUACGUCGACACCGGUGUACAAUUCUGCCGAACGGGAUACCACAGCGUCGGCACAGGCAGAGCUGUCGCAGGCAGAUCGACUUCGUCUGUGGAGACACGACGCAUUGAUGCAGCACCAGAACCAGACGGCGGUGUUUGUCGGUGAUACCGUACUUGCACUCACUGAUGAUCCAAACGAUGCGUUUUGGCUUGCUCAAGUGCAUUACAAUACUGGGCAUUACGCUCGUGCAAGACAGCUGCUUAUGCGCCAGGACUUGAAUCGCAGCUCUAGCUGUCGAUACCUUGCCGCGCUGUGUCUGACGCGACUAUCCAAAUGGGACGAGGCUCUUGCAACCGUAGGGGAAUCAAAUCCAUUCAGAAACGCUUCUGAAGAGGCCGAAGUGGUCUCUGACGGCGGAAUCAAGCUUGAAGCCUCGAUGUGCUAUCUGCGCGGAAUCAUAUACUCGAAUCAGAACAAUUUUGAAAAGGCAAAGGAGUGCUACAUGGAGGCACUGACGGUCGACGUUAAAUGCUUUGAGGCGUUUGAUGAGCUGAUUACGAAUAGUCUAAUGUCUCCUGCUGAGGAAUGGAAAUUCCUUGAAUCGCUCAAAUUCGAGGAUAUACCAGACGGCGACCUUGUGAAGCUUCUAUACUCCACCAAGCUAAACAAAUACUACAACACAGCACGCUUCUUCGAGGCCGAGCAUCAGCUUCAGACUGUGUAUCAGCUUUCGGAGAGUUCGGAUCUGCUGCAGAGUCGGGCGGAGCUUUUCUUCGUGCAGUGCAGGUUUAACAAGUGCAUGGAUCUAUGUGAAAAGGUUCUGAAAAAUGAUAGAUUUAAAUUCUCGAUUAUACCGCUCUACCUCGCAUGUCUGCACGAGCUCGAGCAGAAAAACAAGCUCUUUCUACUCGCGCACGAGAUGACUGAAAACCACCCUGAAGAGCCAGUGACCUGGCUGACGGUCGGCGUGUAUUAUCUCUCGAUCCAUAAGAUUGCCGAAGCGCGCCGGUUCUUCAGUAAGGCGUCGAUGAUGAAUCCUCAUUUUGGAGCUGCUUGGAUCGGGUUUGCGCACACGUUUGCGGUGGAAGGUGAACAUGAGCAAGCUGUGUCUGCUUACUCCACCGCCGCUAGACUUUUUCAAGGAACGCAUUUGCCGUCGAUGUUCCUAGGAAUGCAGCAUCUCCAACUACAUAACUUUACGCUCGCAGAGGAAUACCUAGACGCGUCAUACAAUAUCUGUCAAACAGAUCCGCUGCUGCUGAAUGAGAUGGGCGUUGUGCUGUAUCAUAAAAACCAAUUAGAGGAGGCCUUGGAGUUUUUCUUCAAAGCGCUGAAAGUUGCAGAGGAUUUGGAUAGCGAUACAAAAGCCUGGGUACCGAUAAAGAUUAAUCUGGGGCAUGCCUUUAGACAGCUGAGGCGAUGGCCCGAGGCGCUGCAGAACUUUGAGGAAGUACUGCGGAUAUCAAAGCAUGAACCUGAGGUAUACUCAGCUCUAGGCCUUGUGAAUCUUCAUCUAAACCGUACCGACAAGGCCGUGAUGAAUUUCCAAGAGGCACUGAGUUUAGCGCCGAACGACCCUGUCGCGUGGGAUCUUCUCAAACGUGCGCUGGAGGAGAAUUCUCAGGCGAUGCUUAAUUUCUAAAACAGUUGUGGUGGGAGCAGUGUACAAUAGCAUAUUUAGCUGGGAGAUUUGCUCAGCGGGUAUAUUAGGUGUGGGACGAGUACUGAUGAAAUAAA